AUGGACCCUCAGCAUGAGCUUUCUCCACCGGCGGGUGUCGACAUGCCAGGGUUCGCCCAAAGCCCUGAUGUUGGUCACGAUGAAGGCUUGGAUAACUUGGAAACCCUCACGGCAAGGGUGAACUUACAACCUGAGUCUCAGGAAGAUAGCUCUGCUCUUCUCACCAAUAACAUACCUAACUUCGAUGUUCUAUCCUCAGAGCUCUCACACUUCAACUUCGAAGACACCACUCGGUUAUCCAAACGCAUGCGCGAUCAGGUCAUCGCAGUAUGGGCUCUCGUACGCAUUUUCAGGGCCCCGAACUCGGACGUCGUUCGCAACACCCAGGCAGAUGAUUUUGGGUGGAGAUCGUUUCGCGUGCGGUACGAUGAGCCAGAGCCAGAGUCCGACAUUGACGACGAUGGUCAAACCUCUGCUCAUAAGAACUUGGUGAUGUUCAAGUCUACGAAGUGGAUGGACAAGACGUAUGAGGUGCACACGCGUCUGGGGAAACAGGACAUGUUCAAGAAGAUGAUUUGUAACUCCGUGUGGGCACCGGAACAGAUUUACGAUUGGGAUCCGUCCAGAAGGUAUUGGACGCGCAGAAAUCCCCGUAGGUCGCAAAGAGAAGGUAUGGAUGAAGGAGAGGCUGGGGCUGAAGAGUUUAGUUUGAGGAUAUACGAGGAUGUGAUGUCGACGGAUUGGGCUUAUGAUGAAUACACACAAUUAUAUGACUCUGACCCUACCCUGGAGCAAUGCGUAACCCUCGUUCCCAUUCUACUCUACAUCGACGGCCAGGAAUGUCGUCUUCCCACAGGACGCGUGAACUCGCGCGGUGAGAAGUUCGAUGCGAGGAACUCGAAGAGGUGGCAUGUCGUUCAUGGAACAAUUGGGAAUGUGAUCAGUGCCAAACGGCCGUCUGGACAUCCGAUGUCGCUGAUACCGUGCGGCUUUCUUGAAGUACCAGAGGGCGCACCAGAACUGGAGAGAGAUCCAGAGUUCAAUCAGUUCAAGGAUGGUUUGUUGAACUCCGCCGUCGCGAAAAUGUUGGAGCCCAUGGCGGAGUCGAUGGGGACUACGACGGCCAUGAGAUGUUUGGACGGAAAGCAGCGGAAGGUGGUUCAUAGGGUUGGUCCAAUCUGUGUGGAUUGGCCCAGAUGCGAUCCGAUUGUAGGUUAGGCUUUACCACGUGAGACCAAAAUUGAGGAGUAGUUUUAUUCUCCGUCUCAUUCACGCUAUCGUACACACUCGCGUCUCCGGAGCUUCAUGAGUACAAAUAUGUUUUAAUAUGCAGAAUGCCUGUUUUGAUGUGGAGAAGUUUGAUUACAGAGGCAACAAUUUACUACGCUGUGAUUCACUUUCUCUUCUUCUACUUAAUGCUUCUCCGUUUGGUCCUUGAACGUCCCAGUCCCUGUCACACCCCCUCCUCCACCCUGAUUUUGCUUCACAUUCCCUUCGCUCGUGCCCAGCCCCACGGCUUGCUUCACCCCCGCAAACAACCCAGGCGGCGUACUCUCUUCCUUCCCUCCCAUCCCCUUAGGCUCGUCCUUGCCUUCCUCUCCUGCCUUCCCUUCCCAUUCCAUCUUCCUCGCAUGCGCACUUUGCCCGCCCACCUGAUCUACGAGUCCAAUCCCCUCAGGGUUUCCCUUCUCGCCCUGUCCACGAGGAGCUUUGCUGUUUGGUCCACGAGAUGCGGUGUCGUGAGGGUGCUCGUAGGAUGAUGCGUGGUAGCCCGAGUUCGCGGAUUGUUGGUGAGUGGAGGAACUGUCACGAUUUUUGCCGGGUUUCGAGACUUGGCCUUGUUGAACGGUAGGGUCAUGCCCCGUGUGCGUGUCAGAGUGGAUUGAAGGGGUAGUAUGGAGUGUGCGUGCGCGUGAAGUUGUUGCAGCCGCUGAUGCGGCGGCGGUCGGGAUGACUGGCAUUAUGCUAAUGCGAGUGAUGUUACUCCGAAGGAGCAAGGCUGCGAAUGACAUUUAGGUGAAUUUCGAAAGAAGAAAACUAGGGGGUUUAGACUUCGAUGAAGGCAGACAAAGUGGGUGUUGACGA